GACGCGCACGCUUUUACAUUUCGAGUACUCUCCCACUGAUCAAAUGCGCAAUAAACCCCCCUCUCUUUCUCUCUAAAACCCUUGCAAAACCCUAUUCACUCUCCUUUCCGUCUGCUUAGAGAAGAUCCACAAAUCAAUCAAAGAUCGUCGUGGAUCGCCUGGUUAUCAUGUCGAAACAGCUGAUGAUCGGAAAGAUCAAUUUCUCAAACCCAAAGGUCUUGAUCGUGAUCGGAAUCGGCGUCGCCGGAAUCGUGAUUCUCGCCGAGACUCAACGACGAAGACGAAGAGCGAGAAAUGUAAUAAGAGAAGAUUUCGGUGCUUUCGUCGAACGCUUCGAGCUCUCUCCCUUUCCUCAGCCGCCCCCUCCUGCGGCUCGACAACCUCUCUCUGGCCUAACAUUUGCCAUCAAAGACAAUUUUGAUGUGAAGGGUUAUGUGACUGGGUUUGGGAAUCCGGACUGGAAUAGGACGCAUGAGGCUGCUGGGAAGACUGCGGUGGUGGUGACGGUUCUGUUGAAGAAUGGGGCUACCUGUGUUGGCAAAACUGUCAUGGAUGAAUUCGCUUUUGGGAUAACUGGAGAGAAUACACAUUAUGGUACUCCAACCAACCCACAAAUGCCAUCCCAUAUUCCUGGGGGAUCAUCCAGUGGUUCGGCCGUGGCUGUUGCAUCUGAACUUGUUGACUUUGCUCUUGGUACUGAUACAACUGGAUGUGUUAGGACCCCGGCGUCAUUUUGUGGAGUUCUUGGAUUCCGACCGUCUCAUGGCCUUGUAUCUACAAUUGGAGUUCUGUCAAAUUCACAAAGUUUAGAUACUGUUGGAUGGUUUGCCCGUGAUCCAUCUAUUUUGCAUCGUGUUGGACACAUUCUGCUUCAAUUGAACUCGGUGGAACCUAGAAGGACGAGACGCUUCGUUGUAGCUGAUGAUCUCUUCCAGUUGUCUAAGGUUCCCAAGCAGAAGACUGUACAUGUUAUUAGCAGAGUAGCUGAAACUUUAUCUGGCUACCAGCCACCGAAGUAUAUGAAUUUUGCUCAGUAUAUUGCUUCAAAUGUGCCCAGCCUAAAAAGCUUCCGUGAACAAUCAACUAAUCUGCAAACUGCAGUAUCUACUUUAAAAGCUCUCUCUUCUGUGAUGUUCUUACUACAGAGGUAUGAAUUCAAAACAAGCCAUGAAGAAUGGGUUAAAUCAAUCGAACCCAGGUUAGGACCUGAUGUCUAUGAUCGUGUUCGUGCUGCAUUCACUACUGCGUAUGAGAACAUUAAAACUUUAUAUAAAGUUAGAAACGAAAUGCGAGCAGCGCUUCAUAGUCUUCUGAAGGAUGAUGGAAUAUUAGUAAUUCCCACAGUUGCUGAUCCUCCUUUAAAACUUAAGUCAAAGAGAGGUCUGUCUGCUGAGUUCCAUGACAGAGCAUUUGGUCUAUUGAGCAUUGCUAGUAUGUCAGGCUGCUGUCAGGUUACCAUUCCCCUAGGCAAGCAUAAUGAUUGUCCAAUCUCUGUUUCUUUUAUUGCAUUCCAUCGAGGUGAUAAAUUUCUCCUUGAUACCGUCUUGGAUAUGUAUUCAUCUCUUCAAGAGCAAGCUAGCCUUGUUUCUAGUUCAUUACCAUUGCCAGAAAUUAAUGGUGACAUGGGUGCUUCUGAACUGUUAAAAGAAAAGGGAAAUGCUGCCUAUAAAGGAAGAGAGUGGAAUAAGGCUGUCAGUUACUACGGUGAAGCUAUAAAGUUGAAUGAGACAAACACAACUUACUACUGCAACCGGGCAGCUGCUUACUUAGAAUUAGGAUGCUUUCAAGAAGCUGAAAAGGACUGCGAUAAAGCAAUAUCACUUGAUAAGAAGAAUGUGAAGGCAUAUCUAAGACGAGGUACGGCAAGAGAAUCACUCCUCUUCUAUAAAGAAGCUCUUCAAGAUUUUAAGCAUGCUCUUGUUCUAGAACCACAAAAUAAAGUUGCCAAUUCCGCUGAGAAGAGACUAAGGAAACUGAUUAGUUAAUUCUCUCUCUCCAAAACAUGUCCGUGUUAUAUGAGUUUUUGAAAGGAAAGUACCAAGGUACCACCUUGUUAAUAUUAUGAAACUUUGAAGGGAAAGAAGGAAAAAGCAAACAAGAAGUGAUAGAUUGAAGGCUACUGCAUUCCUAUGUUUUUUCUUCAAUUUUUGUUUACCCUUCUCGAAAUUUUUUGUACAUGUUUCUUUUGUGACGGUAUGGUACUACUAUGUAAUUUAUGCAAUGUUUUGCAAAUAUUCUGUAACUGAACUUUAAAUUAUGCCAGCGGCUAAUGGCACAUUUCAGUC